UUGACGGUUUUGACUUUACCGACAGCACAAAACAAUACGUGAUUUGUUGGUUUUUUGCAUACAUUUUUGUCUCUCGUGCUUUUAUUUACGUUAAAACAUAUUGGAAAGGUACAAAAUUUUAGAGACAAAAGGUCCCUGGAACAUAUACAAUAGAAGCAACUAUUUAUCUCUUGGAUGAUGCAGAAAAUUCACAAAAAUCAGAAUCGUUGAGGUUAGGUUGCAGCUUAGAAAUAAUUUUGAAAUUGAUUUAUUAUCGUUAGUAUAAUAAAAAUUUAAGCGACCGAUUUAUGCUGUUGGGCGUGUCAAAUUUGCUUUAUCUCAAAAAUGAACUUGGAAUUGCUGGAAUCGUUCGGACAGAACUAUCCAGAAGAAUUUGAUGGAACUUUAGAUUGUAUAUCACUCGCUGUGACAUGCACUUUUAAUAAAAGGGGAACUUUGCUUGCCGUUGGAUGCAAUGAUGGUAGAAUCGUUGUUUGGGAUUUUUUAACUCGAGGUAUUGCAAAAAUCAUUAGUGCUCAUGUUCAUCCUGUAUGCUCCCUCAGUUGGUCCAGAAACGGGCACAAAUUACUCAGUGCAUCUACAGAUAAUAAUGUGUGCAUUUGGGACGUUCUUUCCGGAGAAUGUGACCAAAAAUACAGAUUCCCGUCUCCAAUAUUAAAAGUGCAAUUUCAUCCGAGAAAUCUCAAUAAAUUUUUAGUUUGUCCGAUGAGACAUGCCGCAGUUAUGGUCGACGUCGAAGGUUCCCACAGAGUGAUGCCUCUCGACGAAGAUAGCGAUUUAAACAUCGUAGCGUCAUUCGACAGACGUGGUGACUAUGUUUACACCGGAAAUGCUCGUGGUAGAGUCUUGAUUCUCGAUGCGGAUUCUCUGGCUGUGAAAGCCUCGUACAAAAUAUCUCAAGGAACAGCGAGUAACACAGCAGUAAAAAGCAUCGAAUUCGCUCGGAGGGGUUCCUGUUUCUUGAUAAACACGUCUGAUCGAGUCAUUCGAGUUUACGAUAGUACGGAAGUCUUGGCUUGUGGCAAGGAUGGCGAGCCAGAGCCGAUUCAAAAGUUGCAGGACUUGGUUAACAAAACCAUGUGGAAAAAGUGCUGCUUUUCUGGAGAUGGGGAAUAUGUCUGUGCUGGUUCCGCAAGGCAGCAUGCACUUUAUGUCUGGGAAAAAAGUAUCGGCAAUUUGGUUAAGAUCUUGCACGGAACGAAGGGAGAACUUCUGCUCGAUGUGGUGUGGCAUCCAGUGCGUCCAAUAAUAGCUUCCAUAUCUUCCGGAGUUGUAUCAAUUUGGGCACAAAAUCAAGUCGAGAAUUGGUCCGCCUUUGCGCCGGAUUUUAAAGAAUUGGACGAAAAUGUGGAAUACGAGGAAAGAGAGAGCGAAUUUGAUUUGAGCGACGAGGACAAAUCCGUAGUUCAAGGAGAAGAGGCUCAAGAUGAAGAAAUCGAAGUUGAUGUUGCUGCCAUCGAUAGGGUCGCUGCUUUUUGCAGUUCUGAUGAAGAAACGGAGGAUAUAGGAUCAUUGCAAUUCUUGCCAAUAUCGCCGGAUGUUGAAGAAGCGGAAGAAACUCCGGUAACACAUGAACCUCCGCAGAAAAAGCAUCGUUCUCAUGAUAUUCAAUUGCAAGGAGCGCCAACUGAUGAAGUUCAUCCUCUUUUGAGCAAAGGAAAAGACAAGCCAGCAGCGAAGAAAGGAAGACCGAGACUUGAACAUCGAAAAGGAAAAUAAAUCACAUAGUUUGAAAUUUGUACAGUUAUCUAAUAAAGUAAGUGAUCGUGUUAUUGAGGAAUUUUUGCAAGUGUAUUUUGUAUGAGUGUUAUAUGACUUAUAAAGCCUUCAUUAUUGUCAAUAUGAGGAUAAAAAAUGU